AUGGACGUGAAAAACUUAGAACCUUGUAGUAUUAUAGGUUUUGAUGGCUCAGCAAUAAAAGGUUUAAAUGUUCAUCCGGAUGGCGACCACAUCGUCUAUCCAAUUGGCAACAAGGUAUGCAUUCAGGAAUGGAAGAGUAAGAAGAUGUAUUUCCUCAGUGGACACACAAACAGUGUUUCGACUUUGGCCAUUUCACCUAAAGGCACGUACGUCGGGUCGGGACAAAUAAACCACAUCGGCUUCAAAGCUUCUACUAAAUUGUGGGAUUUUAAAAAGAAGGUUUUACUCGGGACUCAUGAGCUACAUAAAGUGCGUGUGGAGGCCCUAUCUUUUUCGUCUGAUGAACGUUACAUGAUAUCCCUGGGCGGCAGGGAUGACGGCUGUGUCGUUCUGUGGGACUGUGUCGCGGGCGCGGCCACAGGAACCGCGGCCGCCGCCAAGUUAACCACCGGAGACGCCAUGACACUAGUGCCGCUCAAUUUGAGAGUCAACUCAUUUGUUACGGGAGGAGAUUCGAAUCUUCGUGUGUGGAACAUUCGUGCCGGCAGCAAGAACCUCGACGUGGUGGACGUGUCCCUGGGCAAGUUGAGGCGCUGUGUGAGAUGUAUCACGGUCAGCAGUGACGAUACUUACGGCAUCGCUGGGACCACUUCCGGUGACAUGAUAAAGUUCUCCAUCAACUAUCCGUCUGAUCCAAAUGUUUCCGUGGCCGAGUGCAAACCUUCUCUUAUUGGCUGUCUAGCUAAAUGUGGUCCUUGGAAGAAAGGAAAACGCCCGGAAUCUAUAUGCUAUAGUCAAGGUAUUGAAUCAAUCCUCAUUAUGAGUGACGGGUGUCUCAUAGUGGGCGCGGGUGACGGAACCAUUGACAUCCUCGAUGAAAUUAACUGGAAAGGAGAGUUCCCCAAAGGAAAAAUACUCGAUCCAAACAAACCUUUCUUUAAAGCUCUAAGGAGCACAAAACUGGAAGGCAGCAUCACGUCUUUAGAGCUGAUGGAGUCUCCGUCUGUCCGUGGCUCGAGCCGUUUGUUACUAGCCGGGACACGUACUAGUGAGAUAUUCGCCAUCAACGUGGAAACCUUUAUACCCGUUCUAGUCGUCACUUGCCAUCGAUGUGCCAUCAACGAUAUAGCAUUCCCCAGAGGUAUGUCGGGCGUAUUCGCUACAGCGGGUGCGGGUGAUGUCCGUGUGUGGUGUACUGACUCCGGUAUAGAACUCCUUCGUAUCGUGGUGCCUAACUUCGUGUGUUCCUCGCUACUGUUCACGGACGACGGAAAAGCUAUCGUUACUGCGUGGAACGACGGUAACAUCCGAGCAUUUACACCGCUGACCGGUCGUUUGAUUUACUGCAUCUACAACACACACAACAAGGGGACCUCCGCGCUCGAUAUGACGCACGACGGACGGACACUCAUAUCAGGAGGCUGUGAGGGACAGGUCCGUGUGUGGGACAUCAAACCUGAAUGCCAGAGUCUCAAGAAGGUGUUAAAGGAACACAAGAGUCCGGUGUCUGCUAUACAAGUGUCUCCCAACGAUACGGAGGCUGUCAGCGCCGGGACUGAUGGAUCGUGCAUUAUAUGGGACUUGAUUUCGUUAUCUCGUCGACAAGUGAUGUACGCUAACACUUUGUUCAUGUGUGUGUGUUUCGAGCCGCGAGGAGUGCAAUUGUUGACGGGCGGCACGGACAGACGGGUUGCAUACUGGGAGGCAGGCAGCGGGAACCUCGCUAGAGAGUUGGAAGCGAGCAAAGUAGGAGCUAUAAACGGAAUACAUAUAACACAAAAAGGAGAUCUGUUCGUGACCGGUGGCAACGAUCAAAUGGUUAAAUUAUGGAAGUACCAGGAGGGUAUCUACACACACAUGGGUCUGGGUCACGCGGGCGCGGUCACCUGCUGCCGGUUCAGUCCCGACGCUAAGGUCAUCGUGAGCAGCUGUGCGGCCGGGACUAUCAUAGUGUGGAAGGUGCCCGACAUGUACGUCAACGACGAUAAGUUAUCAUCUGGACGGAAAAGUUCUGCGGAGCCGAAAACAUUAGAGGAGGAGUUACACCUACCCUUGGAUGAUAAACCUGUACAGAAGGCGGCCGGCGACAGACCUCACAAGAUACCUGCCGCGCCCUCUAAGGUGGAGAAGAUCGCUUCUAUAGAUACGAGUCGAAGUAGCGUCCACUCGUGUUGUCCGUGCGACUCUGCUAAAUCUAAUCAGUCCAAAAAGACUACACCCAAGAGUGGACCAAAGUGUUGUAGACCGCCAGAUAAUCUACCAACAAGGACUACGAGCAAGGAUUAUGUCAACAGCAGUGGAGAUAGAAAGUAA